AUAUUUCUGUUCUUACUCUCUCAGUAUACUUUCAGAUUUUUCUUUUCAUCACACAUAACACAAACAUUAACCUCUUUCUCUUUCUCUUUCUCUUUCUCUCAGAGUUCACAAAUCUUCACCAAACCUUCAACGAACCCUUACUCUCUCACAUUUUCUCUCUAUUUUGAAGCGUUAGUUCCCACAACACUUCAUUUAAUGGCCAACACUCGUCGGCGCCGAUGAAGAUCUCCGGCGAGACCACCCGCGCCCCGCGCCCAUUCCCGUCGACCAUUGCAGUUCCCUCACCGGACUCCGAUCUCCAGCCGCACCGCCGGCCAUCCCGCCGGAAUCCCCGAACUCCAGCUCGCCUCAAGCGGCUCGCCGGAACUUCGGCUGGAAAACGGAGCAGGCCAGAAACCCCCUUGUCCAAGUGGAAGAUCCACGGCGGCGUCAGCGGUGGCGGUGAUCCGCUCGAGGAGCUCGACAGGGAAAAGGAACUUCCGCCUCCCGCUGCCGUGUCGGUGAGGAAGCUCGCUGCUGCACUAUGGCGGCUGCAGCUGCCGGAAACGGCGGCGGGCGAUGGCGGAAGGCGAAGGGGUUUGAGAAAGAUCGGUGAAGAUCGUUUGGGAGUUGUUGAGCAUGGAACUGGCCAUGUAGACCAUCAAUUUCUCAGCCAUCAAAAGGGCAUGAUGCAUGGUUCUGCUAUCAAGAAUCCAUCACAAAGUCCUCGUACCAUUUCAGGGACUACGGGUAGACACUUUUGUGAGCUCAAGCCGCCUUUCCAGUUUUCAAGUACUGCAAUGGAGGGUGCAACAAAGUGGGAUCCUGUUUGUUUAAAAACAUCAGAUGAGGUGCAAAAUAUCUACAGUCAAAUGAAACUUCUUGACCAAAAGGUUAAUACUGCUUCUGCUGUAUCUGCUCUUGAAGCUGAAAUAGAGCAGGCUCGUGCACAGAUUCAGGAGCUUGAGACUGAGCGCCACUCCUCCAAAAAGAAACUUGAACAUUUCUUGAAGAAAUUGGGUGAAGAGAGGGCCUCAUGGCGAAGCAAAGAGCAUGAGAAAAUUCGUGCUUAUGUUGAUGACAUUAAAUCAGAGUUGAGUCGAGAAAGGAAAAGCCGCCAGAGGAUUGAAAUUGUCAAUUCCAGGCUGGUUAAUGAGUUAGCUGAUACCAAGUUAUUAGCAAAACGCUACAUACAGGAUUAUGAAAAGGAAAGGAAGGCCAGAGAAUUAAUUGAGGAAAUUUGUGAUGAGCUUGCUAAGGAAAUUGGAGAAGAUAAGGCUGAAAUUGAAGCACUGAAGAGGGAAUCUAUGAAACUUAGGGAAGAAGUGGAAGAGGAGAGGAAGAUGUUGCAGAUGGCUGAAGUAUGGCGUGAAGAGCGUGUUCAUAUGAAAUUGAUUGAUGCCAAAGUUGCACUUGAUGAAAAGUACUCACAGAUGAAUAAAUUGAUUGCUGAUUUGGAAACCUUUGUCAAAUCAAUGAAUGUGAACCCAAAUGCAAAGGAUAUGAAAGAGGCACGGUCACUUCAACAGGCUGCAGCUGCUGUAGACAUUCAAGACAUCAAGGAAUUUUCGUAUGAGCCAGCUAAUCCAGAUGAUAUUUUUUCCAUUUUUGAAGAUUUAAAUUUCGUUGAACCCAACGAGAAGGAUAUUGAAUCAUGUGUUGCUUACUCUCCAGUAAGUCAUGCGUCAAAGAUUCACACAGUGAGUCCUGAAGGCAACUUGAUUAGUAAGGAUAACUUUCAAAGAUGUUCUAAUUUAUUUAUUGAUGACAAUGGCGAUAUUGAGGAAGAUGAAAGUGGAUGGGAAACGGUGAGCCAUGUUGAGGAUCAAGGAUCAAGUUGUUCACCUGAAGGGAGUACCCUGUCAGUGACAAAGAAUCUUCGAGAAAGUAAUGCCUCAGGGAGGAGUGUGCUUGAAUGGGAAGACAAUGCUGGUGUAGAGACCCCAAUAACUGAAAUUAGUGAAGUGUCUUCAGUACCAGCUAAGCAAUCCAAGAAGGUAUCCUCCAUUGCAAGGCUUUGGAGGUCUGGUCCAAACAGUGGGGAUAAUUACAAGAUAAUUUCUGUGGAAGGAAUGAAUGGAAGGCUUUCAAAUGGAAGGGUAUCUAACGGAGGCGUAAUGUCUCCUGAUUGGGGACUUGACAAAGGUGGAUUAAGCCCCCAAGAACUUCUGAUCCAGUUCAGUUCUCCCGAGUCAGCAAAUCUGCAAAAUCGAGGCAUGAAAGGGUGCAUUCCUCGCACUGUGCAGAAGAGUAGUUUGAAAGCCAGACUUUUGGAGGCUAGGAUGGAAAGCCAGAAGGUUCAGUUGCGCCAUGUUCUUAAACAGAAGAUUUAGAAUGUAAUGUGAGCAUAGGCAGAUAUUCCUCACCUGUAUAACUGCAGAAGGACCCAGAAGCAGCAGUUUUGUUUUGAAUUGUAAGAGUACAAAUCUACUGCUGCCAGAAAAAAACUGCUCAGAAAUGAUGGGGGGUCAUGAAUAAAUGCACUUUUGCUGCCUCAGACUUUGACCAUGUUUCAGUUCAUCACCACCACUGAUAUUUAAAGCAUUCAAAAGAUGAUCUUUCACCCCCUUGUGCCACUGCCUCGCUUAUAUCUAUCAUGAACGGCCUUGCUUCAUUUUGUGUAGAAUUCUAUAUAAGUUACGAGAAGCACGUUGCUUGUAGUGUAUAAUUUAAGUCUGAGGACAAAGAUGCAGGGAAACCAAAUCAUUUUAAGGUAUAGACGAUAGCUUAUCUUUUCAGCAUUUUGAUUUUCUGUCUUAGUUGUGGUUUAGAAUUUGUCAUAGAUUGUAGACCAUGGCAUGAGGAUGAUUUCUGGUCCCAGGACUGAAAAUUCACAAGUGAUAAAAACUUCAUACCUUAAGUCUUGGAUGGACCACGUCAUCUCUGUCUGUGACUGUUUCUUUGGAAUAAUGAGAACCAUUUAUCUAAGAAUAAUGAAACUGAGAUUAAUUUUUUGUUUU